AUUCAAAAUGUUUGCCCCAGGCCAAGAACAGAUCUCCAAGGAAGAGAUCAAGGCUGGUGAGAUUGAGGCCAGCCAGACCGUCCAGAUGGCUAUUGCUGGCGGUUUCCUCCUCUACUUGUCCCCCUUCGCCGUUGACUUCGUCCGCAAGUUCCUUUAAGCCGGUUGACCCGUCUUCCGCUCUUCUUUCUUGCCUCCCGGACUGUAAUCGAUGAAUCGCUGGUUAUGAUUUCGCGAUGACAUGCAGGAGAACUGGAUAAUUGAUUUUUUCCCCCUGGCAUAACUUUUUUUCCC